GAUGGCAGACGGGCUGUGUGUUCAGGGGACGGCGAGACGAGAGAAUGAUAUCAAAGCGAAAGACACAGUAGAUAUUCUCAAAAUAGCUCAUAAAGACUGUAUGAAGGCUAAAAACGUAACCAGUGUUAAACCGUCAUUCUAUAUUCGCGACGACAAUGGAGAAUUGUGUUCAAAUUAUCGAGUGAAUGGCGUGCUGAGCUUGGGUGUGCACGCUACGAAAAUGCUUUGUGGUGCCAACUCAGAACAUGUGGAAUUUCCAAGCCUAUGUCCAAAUGAGGGGGACAACUGUAGGAAGAAGAGAUGUGCAGAUCGCUACGACAGCUCCGAGAGCUCGGACAGGUGAGUGGUGGUUCACAGCUUGUUUGUGCCGUCAGCGGCACGCUUUCCUCCAUUGUUCUUACUGGCGACCCGUAAGUACUGUCGUUACUCGAC